AAAGCAAUAACCUCACUUUGUCGCAGCGAACGAAGCAAGGUGUCAACAUGGGAGACAGAAGACCUUCCCUUACCAACCAAAUGAUUGUGAAACCCUUUUGGAAGGCAGCAACUUGGUUUGGGAUUCGAAAAUUGACGGGGACACUGCAGGGCUUUGUUGGUCCCUACAGCGACACACUCACCCACUUUGACACAACGGCACCGAUUGUGGCCCUCACGAUUGACGAUGGCCUGAGUCGAGGAGGUCCUGAUGUUUCCAUGGUUCAGGAUGUGCUACAAGUUCUGAAGAAAUACGAUGCCACAGCCACCUUCUUUGUCUGUACAGAAUACGUAGAAGACCAGCAAGAUGAUGUGAUGGCACUCUUAGAGGCUGGGCAUGAGCUAGGAAACCACAUGCAAGAAGAUCUGUCGAUGCACUAUUUUCGACUACCCAAAGAAGAGUUCCAAAAGCAGCUACGGGAUGUGAAUCAAGUAUUAGACGAACUGGAGCAACGACAACAACAAAAAUCUACCGAAAACUCUGUGGGAACGAGAAAUCUGCGGUGGUUUCGGGCUCCCCAGGGCAUUUUGACAUCCAGCAUGAAACAAGCCAUGGAUGAUGCACCCAUCCCAAUGCAGCAUGUUUUGGGGGAUUGUUACAGUGAUGAUUGGAAAUUUGCUCAAGAUAUGGACAGCACAACACCAGAAGACUUUGAUGCUGAAAACUGCCGUGCUGUCAUGGAUGAAAUUGGUCAAGUCAUGUUGAAACAGGCACAAGAGGGCAGUAUUGCCAUUUUUCACAUGCCGCAAAGAGGAUUUCGACAAGGAACACUCUAUGCAUUGGAGUAUUUCUUGCAAGGGAUACAAGAUAGAGGAUGGAAAUGUUGUAGUUUGACAAACAUGCAACAAAUGAUAGAGAACAACGAGAAACAAGCAGACGAAAAGCCAUCAACGGCAGAGACAGCAUGAUGACUCCAGGAACCAGCUAGCUGUUUGAAGUUUUUUCAAAUUCAUACUAGAUCUAUGGACAUGGUUAUUACCAAUCUGUCGAAUGGUGAACUUGUGAUAAUUGCUGUGCAAGGAACCUCCUCCAUUUGUCAGCCUGGGUUUGGUGGUAAUGGAAAUGGAGGCAAACAUGAAAGCGUCGUCUGGGCCAAGCCUCCCCGAAUGAUGAAAUGACAAUCCAUUUAAAAUAAAGCAUAGCUUGACAACGAGAUCAGAUUGGUGGGGGCUUGCCAUGGAGCGCACUUUUGCCGCUGGGA